AUGAGUAAGGUUGUUAUGGGGAUAUCCGACCUGGUUGAGGAAGAGUGUCGUACUGCGAUGAUCCAUGAUGAUAUGAACAUUUCAAGACUCAUGGUGUAUGCUCAAUUUAUUGAGGAGUCCAAACUUAAGAGGAAUAAUAGAGAGUUGAAGAGGUCUAGGCCCGAUGAGCAAGGUCAACCUAGGUUCAAUAAGAGAGCUCCAAACCAAGAUUCUUCAAGAAUUCCUAAGAAACAUCAUGGGAAAUGCUUAGCGGGUACUAGUGGGUGCUAUGGUUGUGGAAAGAAUGAUCACCAAGUGAAAGAUUGUCCUACUCUUACGGCUAGAAGAAGGGAGGUCAAACAAGCUUCACUUAGUGGCCCGGAUCUUGAUGCUCCAAAGAGAAACCGUUUCUAUGCUCUUCAAGCUAACAAGGACAAACUAGCUAAUCCAGAUGAAGGUACCA